AUGGCUGUGUGGGAUCAGCUGGAGGUUACCAGUGCACAUGUUGCGUAUGCGUGUGUGGGUAUUUUUUCGGCGAUUUUCAUGCUGGUAUCGCUGUUCGCAAAGGAGAAACUUUACAUCGGUGAAUCGACUGUGGCGGUGAUUUUCGGGCUCAUUGUGGGCCCCCACUGUUUGAACUGGUUCAACCCCCUGACAUGGGGUAACUCAGACUCGAUAACCCUCGAGAUUACACGGAUCGUGCUGUGUUUGCAAAUUUUUGCGGUGGCCGUUGAACUUCCAAAAAAAUAUAUGCUGAAACACUGGCUGUCAGUAACGAUGUUACUGCUGCCUGUGAUGACGGCUGGAUGGCUGAUUAUCGCGCUAUUCGUGUGGAUUGUUAUCCCACACUUGAACUUUCCAGAGGCCUUACUCGUGGCGUCGUGCAUUACGGCGACAGACCCCAUUUUGGCGCAGUCUGUGGUGUCUGGUAAGUUCGCACAGCGUGUUCCGGGCCAUUUAAGGAACCUUCUAUCCGCUGAGAGUGGUUGCAACGACGGUAUGGCGUUUCCCUUCAUCUAUCUGUCAAUAAACUUGCUAGUUCACUCGGGUAAUGGCGGUGAGAUUGUCAAAGACUGGAUUUGCAAAACCAUCCUAUAUGAGUGUAUUUUCGGAUGCAUUCUGGGUGCUGUGAUAGGCUAUGCAGGCAGAAGCGCCAUCAAGUUUGCCGAGUCGCGCAAGCUAAUCGAUCGAGAAUCGUUUCUGGCGUUUUAUGUUUGUUUAGCAUUCAUGUGUGCGGGAUUUGGAUCGUUACUUGGGGCAGAUGACCUUUUGGUGUCGUUUGCUGCGGGAACUGCCUUUUCUUGGGAUGGCUGGUUCUCUACAAAGACAAAAGAAAGUGAAAUCUCAACCAUUAUUGAUUUACUAUUGAAUUUGGCGUAUUUCGUUUAUUUCGGAGCCAUCAUUCCUUGGCAACAAUUCAACGAUGGCACACUAGGCAUGAAUGCCUGGAGACUUGUGAUUUUAGGUAUUGUGGUCAUCACUUUGCGUCGGAUACCUGCCGUGCUCAUCUGUAAGACCGUGAUCCCGGACAUCAAAUCGUGGCGGGAGGCAAUGUUCGUGGGUCAUUUUGGGCCUAUUGGUGUGGGUGCCGUUUUUGCGGCUAUUUUGGCGCGUUCUGAACUGGAAAAAUAUGCCACUGGCGAAGAGACACCCUUGAAGCAUCUUCCAGAGGAGGGUACUAAAUACUGGAAACUGAUUGCUAUUAUUUGGCCUAUAACAUGUUUCUUCAUCAUAGUAUCCAUCAUCGUCCAUGGGUCAUCUGUUGCUGUUAUCACACUGGGCCGUCACUUGAACACAAUCACCUUAACCAGAUCUUUCACAGUGCAGACAACAAAUGGCAAGGGCUCUUCCUGGAUGCAAAGAUUGCCCACUCUUGAUAAGUCUGGCCGCUCGUUUUCUUUACAGAGAAUUGACACGAAAGCUGCACCUGAAAGCCUAAGCCGUCAAGAAACAGCUGUUGAAACAAGCGGCGUUCCUGCAAAACCUGCUGGCGGUAUGAAGAGAAAGCGCAGAAGUUUGGGGAAUAAGUUAAGAAAACUGAAAAAGCGGGGCGCGUCUUCUGCAGGUGAAUCCGAAAGUCCAGAUCUUGCAGGUAAUGAAAGACUACAACGGGAAAAGGAAGCCCAGGCUGCAGCUUUUGCCCUGAGCUCCCAGCUUCGUCCGCAUGAUAGUGAGCCUUACGAAGACUCAAACAUUGACGAAGAUGACGAUGCUGACGAUACUCUGGACUCCAUCGAUGUCUUGAAUCCCGCUCAAGCGUCUCAAGCGAUAAGCAGGCUUGAUGCAAUUUCGGGGGUUCGCCCUGAUGCUGAAGCUGAGCGUAUUGAAGAAGAUCUUAGUCGGAUUCAACACACGAAACCAAAAUCCAGCUUUCCUGAAGACAAUCUUCAACUACCAGAGGGCGUUACUAGCUCCUCAUCCAAUUUUGAUGAAGAAAAACUCGAGAGAUCUUCGCGGACCGCAUCUCUGGACAGCUAUGCUCAUGAUCUUGAGAAACUCAAAAGAGAGAUGGAACAAAAAGUGGAAGAAGAAGAGGGAGCUGUUGCAUAUGCCGAGGGCAAUAAGAUUAUAGUCGAAAACAGCCAAGGUGAGAUUAUUGACCAGGCAGAGCUCAAUAGAAAACCCAAAGACGAAGAAGAGGGUGCUGCCUCAUCCCCACAGCGCACCACGAGUCAUGGCUCCUCCAAAAUGGAGGCUUUGAAGCGUGCAGUCACACCACCAGGUAUGAGAAGGCAGACUUUGAUAGAUGAGAAAUCUAAUACGAGGUACUUUGCCUAUAAGAUCGACGAUCAAUUGAUCAUUGAAAAUGACGAUGGCGAUGUUCUUCGAAGGUACAAAAUCAAUCCACACGAGCUUGACGCUCAACGAAGCAGAAGUACCAGCAAUAGGUCAAGGACAGGAAGUGUGGUGGCCAAGGCUCUUUCUGCAGUGGGUCUUUCAAAGAGCCCUACUUCACCAUCGAAUGCACCUGCCUCGAAAAGUCACACUCUCGAACCAGCUGCCAAAAUAAAAGGACGCCGUCUGACACCUGUACCGACUUCCGGCGCUAUCGACGAUCUAUCCGAAGAAGACGACGACGAAAAUGAGGGGACUGACGAAACCGAGGAUGAUGACGAGUACGACAGUGACGCAACUGAAGAAUCAGACGAGCAGGCGGACUAUGAUACGGGGGACAACCAAGCUUCCACAGUGGCAACUGAUUCCGAUGCUGGUCAACCUGAAGACGAAUCAGAGACAGCCAUCGAGCGUUCUCGAAGACUCACUGCCUUUGGCCAUGUCUCUGCUCCUAGACAUGAAGACGACGAAGAAGAAGCAGUCGAUGCUGCUGCUGUAACCUUCGACGCCCCGAAGAAGAAGCAAACGGUAAAAUCUGCUUUUCAACGCACUUUGGGCAAGUAA